AUGAAGGUGAAGUGCAUUUUGAGGUAUGGGUUUUUGUGUGUCAUGAUGUCUCUUGUCACUGGCAAGCACCAGCGAUCUCAACCUUCCUUCAGCAGAAACUGUUAUGCAAAGGACUCACUGUCCCAAGCUGCUGAUACCCUCUACCUCAAGGCCGCCAGGCUGAAGGCAACAAUUCCAGAAGACCGCAUUAAAAACAUACAAUUGUUAAAAAAGAAAACAAAGAAGCUAUUUAUGAAAAGCUGCAGAUUUCAAGAACAGCUUCUGUCCUUCUUCAUGGAAGAUGUUUUUGGUCAACUCCAGUCACCUAUUUGCAGGGAAAUAUACAUUGUGGAAGACUUCCAUAGCUUGAGGCAGAAACUGAUGCACUGUGUUCCCUGCACUUCGCCAACUAGAGAGAUGAAGUCUAUUACCAGGAUGAAGAGAACGUUUUAUAGAAUUGGAAGCAAAGGAAUCUAUAAAGGCAUCAGUGAACUGGGUAUUCUUCUGUCCUGGAUUAAAGAACUGCUGGAAAGCAUUCAGUAA